UUGCAACUUCAGCACUAUUCACAUGUUCGCGGAAUACAAUGUGGCAAAAUAUUUUUAAAAUUUGUUUUCUUCUAAUUGCAACAACAGUAGCAUUUUGCUAUGCCAGUCCCCGGAUGACCAGUCUAACUCUCACUCUUUUACCGAAUGAGGAUCGCGAACAUCCCUUUAAAAAAGUGGGAGGUAAAUACUAUCAUUUUGCACGAGAUGAGGAGGUUAGUUGGUUCAAAGCUUUAUUGACUUGUGCUACUAUGGGCGCUAACCUAGCCUCUUUUCAUACCCUGGAUGAAUGGCAAGCUUUAUCAGAUCAUUUAAUUAAAUAUUAUCCCAGAAAAAAAAAUUGGUGGAUAUCAGCCUCUGAUUUAGAAUCGGAGGAUGAUUUCUCUUGGUAUCGUACUGGUGAACGUGUAGCCUAUACUGUAUGGUCUGUUGAUCAACCGGAUAACAAUGAUGGCAUCGAGAAUUGCGUAAUAUUGUGGAAAAGAAACAACCAGUUUGAAAUGAAUGAUUAUGACUGCGAUAAAAUAGCACAUUAUAUUUGUGAAGCUAGUAAACCAAUAACUUUAGUAAUACAUGCCACUUAAAGAUACAAGCUUUUAGUUUUAAAGAAUAUAAAGACAGUUUUGUCAUAUUGAAACACAGCAAUGAAUUAACUAUUUAAAUAAUAUAAUAUUUAAUACUAGUAAAUACUUUAGCAAGUAAAGACAGUUUGAUCAUCAUUAAGUUACAUUUAAAUAAAAAACAUUUUAAAAUAUCAA